AUGGUUAAAAAAGAAGAAAAUCGUACAUUUAUUAAAAUAGUAGAUUAUGUUUAUACAUGCAUAAAUCAUGAUAUUUCCUCGAAUCCGAAUCUUAAACAUAUUACAAAUGUUUUAUAUAAUGAAGUGGCUAACUUUAUGGUCAUCCAUAUAAACUACAAACAAGUGUGCGACUUGCAUACAAAAUUACUUAACCCAUUUCCUAAAAUUGGUUUAAUUCCGAGAGCUAGAUAUGUAUCACCUUCAGUCUUUCCUGAAGGCGAAGAGAGCCAACAAUACAGGGGCAGAAUGCUUCAUGCUGAUAUACCCUUCCACAUUUUAAAAAUUUUCUUAACAUGUAAUGGUAAAGAGAUGAGGAGAGGUCAAGCUUGUCAGGUGAUUAAGCAGUACCUGUUUGGUUUAUUGCAUCAACUGCGACAAAGUUUCAGUAAAGACGUAAAGCACUACUUUUACCGCGACUUAUGCAAACUAAGAGCACCAUCUACGUUGCAAUGGAAAACAAAGGAGAUUGACCAAGGGAAGUCCCAAAAGAAGCAUCUGUCGUGUAAUCUAGAAUUCCAUUAUUGUGUGAAGAUGAACCAAAAAUCACUAGCUUCAUGUACCUCCAGUACUUCAAUGCAGCACAUAAUUUUACACUGCGCUGUUAACACCCACGGUAAUCGCCCAGUCAUAAAUCUGUCAAACCUACUUUUAAAGAGUGAAUUGCACAAAUUCAUUUUACACUUCAAACGAUGA